UUUCAAUAAUUUGAAUAAACAUUGUCGAAAUUUGAAAAAAUCUAAAAUUCCAGAGUAUAGUUUUAAACAGAAAUAACUAUUUCAGGAAUAUUGUUUGCUUAAAGCCGCUUCAAAAUGAAUUUCCUAAAAGGAUUAACAAAAAUAAAGUCGAGAUUUGCGCGUUUCAUUGAGACAACAAAUAGUUUUAUGUGGGUACAACGCAAUGAAAAGUUCGCAGACAGCCGUUUAAUUGUUGAGCAGUUAACAGAUCGGGUAUUGGUUCGUGUGCAAGGAGAAGAGGUUGUGCCUUUCUUGCAGGGUCUCAUAACAAAUGAUAUGGCUCAUCUGCAGUCGGGCACUACACAUCUUGCAAAAACUCCGGCUAUGUAUACGAUGUUUCUAAAUAAAGCUGGCAGAGUACUAUAUGACUCGAUUAUAUAUCGCACUCCGGAACCAAACACAUACUUAAUUGAGUGUGAUAAAUAUAUAUCGAACGAACUAAGACGACAUUUAAGACUCUACCGGGUUAGACGCAAUAUUCAGAUUGACGCUGUCGAUGCAGAAUACCGUCCAUGGAUUGUUUUUAACCCGGUUGGGAGCGUUGUUCGAAUAGAUACUAAUAUUCAGAUUGGACAAGAAAUAAUAUCUACUCCGGACCCUCGUAUUCGUGACCUCGGGACACGAGUAAUCACAAAGUCUGAUAAAACAUGGAAAGACUUGGCAAAUAUGUUUUCUAAAUCAGGCGAUGUUACGAUUGCGAAACCAACCGUUGACUGUAACUAUCGUAUGCAUCGUUAUCGCUAUGGAGUUGGUGAGGGCGUUCAGGAUCUUCCGCCUGGAAAAAGCUUUCCUUUAGAAGCUAAUUGUGAUUAUAUGCAUGGCGUAAGUUUUCACAAGGGCUGUUAUAUUGGUCAAGAGUUAACAGCUCGUGUACACCACACAGGAGUGGUCCGAAAACGUAUAAUGCCUUUGCGUUUAUCUGAACCGGCUUCACCAAAAUCUGUUACAAUAUCAACCGAAGCUGGUACUAAUGUUGGUACAAUUCGGGGCGCCAGCCUAGAUAGGGCCUUAGGGCUCCUGCGCGUAGAACAAGCGUUGGCUUCAGCAAAAUUAUUUGUGGAUGGUAAAAUAUGUUACGUAGAGAAGCCAUACUGGUGGCCACCAGAGUUACCUAAAAAAGCGAGAGUUGAAGGCUGCUAGGAUUAAAUUUUUGGUUAUUCAAAAAUGUAUUUUUACAAAUUGUUAACUAGUGAUAGUAGCCGUUAUUUUUAUGUACAUAUAUAUGUAUAUAUAUAAAAAUCUGUAUCUUAUGUGGUUUCAUAUGUUCAAUUAGUUAUGUAAAAUAAAUAUAUAUAUAUUCCAGA